UCAGAUUAUUGAAUAAAAAAGUUAUUUGUUGUUCAAAGUCAACAUUACUCUUUUAAUUUGGAUAGUGAUUAUUAUAUGUGGAAUCUAACUUCACAAGUUAACAGUUCAUUGGAAAUCCCCAAUUAUAUCAGAGCACCAUUUAUACUGCGUAUGAUGCAACACGUCCUUACAGAAGAAAUAUUUCAGAUAGGCAUAAACACAUAUCUAGAUGACAACUCAUCACACCAUCUAGACUUUAUGGGGCUUAUGAAAGGUGUUGCUUCAACAAUAAAUAUAUAUAUUACUGAACACAUAUCGCACAUGAACAACUGGGAUUCGGAAAAGCAUUGUCCUGUUAUUAAAGUAGGACGAAAAUAUGAUGAUCCUAAGAACCGAACAUUUGUAUGGAUAGAAAAUACCGACACAUUAAAAAUUGAGUGCAUUCCUAUAACUUUUACUACGCAAACGUCUCCCGAUUUUGACAAUUUUACUCAUCAUUUGUUAUGCAAGCAAUGGGAAAUUAAAUUUUUACUAGCACCAUUGAGAAUCAUUACCAUAUAAAGAAUAUGGUUGGAUGAUAUUCAAUAUACAACAAAUUGGAUAUUAUCGCGUUAACUAUGAUGAUAAGAACUAGGAAAAAAUUUCAAAUUAUUUAAACUUUCGUAGUUACACAAAAAUUCAU